AGUGCGUUUCAUAACUAGGUUGUGUAAGGACUAAAGUUGACGUAUGAGGACUUUGGAAGCCGGCGGGCUACAAAUGCAGUUCCUCGCCGACUCAAAACAUUGAUUCAACUAGCAACACGGACAGUGAACCAACCAUGAAAACGAACAGGGUCAAAGUAAUUGCAAGUCAAGUGAUUUCAGCUGAACUUGUGGUAGGACUACUACUCACCAUUGUGUAUCGAAUGUUUUCCAGUGUGGCGUUUUCAUCAGAGGGGGAGAGGGUCAGUGAUGGUGGCGCAAGGCUUCAAGUAACGCGUUCACUCGUGUGUGUGUGGGUUGCGAGUAAUGUGAAGUUCAUUUUCUUCAAAAGCAACAUCCAUCCACUUUCUCUUUCUGCACAUUCUGUCUCAAGACUUGUGGCUUCCCUUGCAUUGUUAGGAGCUUGCAGUGAGGGACACAUUGAGGGAAGUAAACACAAAUAUUUUCCCAUGUUGGACAUGGCGGUAUUCUCAUUCUUUUUUCUAAGCAGUUUGACUCUUUUGUUCUUGGAUCACAAUCAGUUUAAAGGCUCUUUGAUACAAUCUGAGCUAUUCACUAAGCCCCAGAAGUUUUUCCUUCAAAUUGAUUUUUUUGCCAACUUCAUUUUUGGCCUGAUGUGGUUGGUUUUUCCAGGAUGGCUGCUUGGGUCACAGAUUAGUGGAUCUGAGGAUAAUCUUCAUCUUACCCGUGCUUUUGGAGCCAUGAUGGUUGGAGACAGCUUUGUGUCUUUUAUCAUUCAGAAGAGAAUGGGAACAGAUGAGGCAUCUGUCUUCGGCAGCCGCGCUAUGGUGACUUUGGCGCUUGUCAUCUUCAUGAUCCACACCCAGCUCACCACAUCUGCAUGGAAAACCCCACAACUCUGUUUGUGCCUGAUAGGGGUCAGCCUCUGGGCUGGUAACUCCAUCCUUGGCUACCUGAGCUCCAAAGAAUUCAGCACAGAGUCUGUAAAUGAUAUAUAUUGCCGUGCUUUGCAGAGAAAGAACGGACAUUACGUACACUAGUUGUUUUGGCUUGCAUUUAAUGCCUUGUGAUGUUUACAACAGUUACCUUGACAAACUAUUUAUACUGUAAAUAUAUUGUGUUAUUGUAAAUAAGAAAUUGAUUAAUUUCUUUGUAAAUAUAAUCCUUUAUAUUUUUCACAGAUUUGUAAAUAAAUGUAUCAUGUGUAAACAUGAAUAGUGACAAAGUUGUCAUUUUAAGUGCUGGUGAACAGCAGUAUGUACAGUACUAGUCAAAAGUUGGGAUACACUUAACUUGACUGAGUUUGUUUCUAAUGAUCUUAAAAAACCUUUGAUCUAAAGGCUUCAAAUGCUUGAUAUUAGUGGUGCCCACAAUUUCCCAGCAUACGUGGGAGCUCCUCCAAUACUGUUGAAAAAGCAUUCCAGGUAGCACCUCAAGAAGUUGGUUAAGAGAAUGUCUAGAGUGUGCAGAGCUUGGCAAAAAGUGGUAUUCUUAAAAAAAUAUUAGAUUAACCAUUUUUUGGUGACUACAUAAUUCCUAUACUUCCAUUUGUCAUUUAAUAUUUUUGACAACUUUACUAUUUAACUAGGUUUUUCCAAACGUUUUAUUGGCAGUGUAUAAAGUAAAGGCUAACAACUGUUAAAGGUAACAACAUCAUCUGCUUUGCCAGCUGUCUGUGACCUGUCUGUCUCACCCCCACGUGUCAAAUCUGUGCACUCAACCAUUUGUUUUUGCCAAUUGCCAUUAUUUCAGAUGAAAUACUUUGGAUGUUCUCACAAGCACAAACUGCAA